CUUUCGCACUCUCGCAGAUGCAUGACGCGCAUAGUCGUUUGCUUUCGAUUCUGACCACCGCGCAGCAGUUUUGUUCGGUCCGUAAAGCGUGCAACUAACGCCCUCCGGGAGCAAACGGCAAAAGUGGUAGUGUACUGGUGACAAAUUUCCGCUGCUGGAGAUAAACUACAACAACAUGGCUUCUAAAUCGCAAAUCCGUGUCAAAACGGAAGGCACCGAGAUUCAGUCUUAUCUGGAAUCGUUUAACAAGGAAAUUGACGAAGGAGAUAAAGAAGUCAAUCCGCUGGAAAUGGAAGAAGAGGAAGAUGACGAUGAAGAGGAAGAAGGCGGAUGUUACUUUGUUGAUCAGAGUGGAAACUAUUACUACCAAGCAAGUAAAGAUUCGGAACCGGUGUUGACUACAGCUCCCCCGGAUGCCGAAAUCGAAGGCGAAGAUGAGGAGGGCAGUGAGAAUGUAGAAAUAACUGCAAGCGUAGUUGGUAAAUUGGAACCGAAAUCCGAAGACGUAAGCUACGUGUACAUUGUACAACCAAAUGAAACGAAAUGUGAGGAUGAAGCUGCCGCAGACGUAGAAGAAGGCGAGCAUGUAUAUGACUUUGAAGAAGGUGAUUACGGACUUACGGAACAAAAACCUAACGUUAGUAAACUCAAAACUCAGAGUCUCGGACGUGUGACGCAUAUGUGUAAUUACUGCAAUUAUACCACAACCAAGCGAUUUUUGCUUGCUCGCCAUAUGAAAUCACAUUCGGAGGACAGACCACACAAAUGUUCUGUUUGUGAAAGAGGUUUUAAAACGCUUGCUUCGCUGCAAAAUCAUGUUAACACGCACACCGGUACAAAGCCACAUCACUGCAAACAUUGUGAGAGUAGCUUCACUACAUCCGGUGAACUGGUUCGCCAUGUUCGCUACCGGCAUACACACGAGAAGCCGCAUAAGUGUCCUGAAUGCGACUAUGCCAGCGUUGAAUUGAGUAAACUGAAACGUCACAUCCGGUGCCACACUGGCGAACGACCAUAUCAGUGCCCUCACUGUACUUAUGCUUCACCGGACACGUUCAAGCUGAAGCGGCAUUUGCGUAUUCACACCGGUGAGAAACCGUACGAGUGUGAUGUCUGCCAUGCUCGUUUUACGCAGUCCAACUCGCUAAAGGCACACAAAAUGAUCCACCAAGUUGGUGAUAAACCCGUAUUUCAUUGCGAGCUCUGCCCUACAACCUGUGGUCGUAAAACGGAUCUGCGAAUUCACGUGCAGAAAUUACACACUCCACUGGAUAAACCAAUGCGAUGUCGACGAUGCCAUAAAGUAUACCAGGACCGCUACUCGUAUAAAAUGCAUACUAAAACUCAUGAAGGCGAAAAGUGCUACAAGUGUGAUCUCUGUCCAUACGCUUCGAUUUCAGCACGGCACCUUGAAUCGCACCUAUUGGUGCAUACAGAUCAGAAACCGUUCCAGUGCGAUAGCUGCGAUCACUCGUUCCGACAGAAGCAGCUUCUCAGACGACAUGUCAAUCUUUACCACAAUCCGGAGUACAUCGUUCCGGCCCCCAAGGCCAAAACUCAUAAAUGUCCUAGCUGUCCUCGGUCUUUCCGACAUAAGGGCAAUCUGAUUCGCCACAUGGCUUUGCAUGAUCCGGAAUCGUCGGCUCGGGAGCAACAACAGGCUCUGAAGGAGGGUCGCCAGAAGCGAGUCAGAAUUCGUCUGGAGCAUGACGAUGAAAGCGAAGAAGUAGAAGGAAAUGAACAAAACGUUAUGACUGUAGAGGGUGAAGACGGGCAGUAUGUCGUACUAGAAGUGAUUCAACUUCAAGACGAGGAGGAGCAAAAAUCCAAGAAAAGGCGCACUUCGGGUAAUAAGGCUCGGAUUGAGCAGGAGCCAGCUAGCGAAACGGAAUCCGAGAGCGAGAGCGAGGAAGAAAUCGAUCUGCCCGAAGACAAUGAAGAAUUUAUUUUCAACGACACGGAUAUGCUCAUGUCGUCCUUAGAACCAAGAGAAAAAAAGCCACGCACGAGCCGCAGAAGUAACAAAAAUGAAGAAGAUUCGGCCGAGAAUGAGACGUCAAACUGCUUCGGGUUCGACGAGGAAGACGAAAACAGUACAGAUGGUAAAGCAACAAUCACAAUUUUGAGUUAAGCACCAUCGUUCUAGCAUUACUAACGCUAUAACUAUAUCAUUUGUUGGUUAAGUUAUAUGAGAGUAGGCUGCAUCUAGUCUCAAAUGAAUGAAUAGGAAGUGUAAAGUGUUACGAUUCAAAGUGAAAUUAAAAUAUCACUUACGUAUUUUCGUUUAAACAAUUAAUGAUGUGACAGAUAUUGCACAUUUGCGCAUCUGUUAAUUGUUUUUUUUUUCUUAUAGAUACAAAAAAUUGAAAACGUUAUUGUAACCUGAAAACAUUAGCUUUAGUUACCUUACAAAUCAUCCUUUUAAUUUUGAUUAGGAAUAAAAAUG